CGCCAUAGUAGGAUUCGUAGUGUGCGUGUACCAGUCUGAGCGCACGGCGGAUCUCCUCAUUUAGACCAGAACCAUGUCUUGAAUUACACUACCUGCGGGUCAUCCCAUUGUCUAAUGAUGUUCUUUUAACCAACAUGCGACGCCCUGCUCUGUUCUUCUGACCUGAAAAAGAACGGAUAGCCCGGUCGGUCGGGAUUAAUUUUCUGCGCAUCAUUUGGACGGGCGUCUCUAGAAUGGAGCACAUCAGAACACCAAAGGUGGAAAAUGUACGAAUGUUUGAUAGACUGACCCCCAGGAAGUCUACUGUGGGAACAUUAUACCUUUCUUCUACUCACACUAUAUUUGUAGAGAACUCAGAAGCCCGCAAAGAGACCUGGGUUCUGCACAGUUUGAUGAGUAUUGUGGAGAGACUCCCCACAAAUCCAUCAGGAAGUCCUCUUAUUAUCCGAUGUAAGAACUUCCAUGUUUACAGACUGCUGAUCCCACAGGAGAAGGACUGUGUAGAUGUUCUGGCUUCCCUCACCCGUCUUUCACGCCCAGAGCGCUAUGGAGAACUGUUUUGCUUCUCUUUUAACCCCAACCUGGAUAAAGAGUUAAGGGAAAAGGCCUGGGCCUUCAUCGACCUGAAGGCCGAAUUCAGCCGAAUGGGAAUACCCAGCAACCUUUGGCAUGCCACAGCAGCCAAUCAUGAGUACAGAUUGUGUGACACUUACCCGUCAGAGCUGUAUGUGCCAAAGUCAGCCUCUCCAGCUGUCAUUGUGGGCAGUGCCAAGUUCCGAAGUCGAGGACGUCUUCCUGUUCUCUCCUACUACCACAGAGACACCAGUGCAUCAAUCUGUCGGAGCAGUCAGCCUCUUACUGGUUUCAGUGCACGCUCCUCAGACGAUGAGCAGAUGCUGCAGGCCAUUAUGAAGUCAAACCCUGUCAGCGAGUUCAUGUAUGUGGUGGACACAAGGCCAAAGCUGAAUGCCAUGGCUAAUCGUGCUGCAGGGAAGGGCUAUGAGAAUGAAGACCACUACACUAACAUAAAACUGCAGUUCAUUGGCAUAGAAAACAUCCAUGUCAUGAGGAACAGCCAGCAGAAACUUAUAGAUGUUGGUGAUCUCGCGGCUCCCACCAUGAGUGAUUUCCUGUGGGGUCUGGAGAACUCUGGGUGGCUAAAACACAUCAAAGCUGUACUAGAUGCUGGAGUCUUCAUUGCAAAGGCAGUGGCAGAGGAUGGAGUGAGUGUUCUAGUACACUGUUCAGAUGGGUGGGACAGAACGGCUCAGGCCUGUUCGGUGGCUAGUGUACUAUUAGAUUCGUACUACAGAACUAUCAAGGGACUGAUGGUUUUGAUUGAAAAGGACUGGGUGUCAUUUGGACACAAGUUUUCCCACAGGUACUCUCAUCUUGACGGUGACCCUAAGGAGGUUUCCCCAGUUAUGGACCAGUUUCUGGAAUGCGUGUGGCAGUUGAUGCAGCAGUUCCCUUGUGCGUUUGAGUUCAAUGAGCGAUUCCUCAUACAGCUACACACACACAUCUACUCCUGCCAGUACGGGAACUUCAUCGGCAAUUGCCAGAAAGAGAGGAGAGACAUAAAGUUACAAGAGCGAACACACUCUUUGUGGCCACACCUGUGGGAGAACAGGGCCGAAUACACAAACCCUCUGUACAGGACAGACCACAGCCAGACACAGGGUGUUCUGAAACCUCUCACCACUGCCUACUGCUUCAAGUUUUGGAAGGGGAUGUACGGCCGUGCAGAGAAAAGUAUGGCUUCACAGUCUCCAGCUGAUUGCCUGAAUGCAGUAAGGGAGGAGUCACAACAACUGGAGGAGGAGCUUAGCACCCACCAGGAGAGACUUGCCGAGCUGAAGGAGAUGAAAACUUCAGGGGAGAGGAAGAAGACCAAGAAGUUGUCUGAACGGGCCCGCCGUCCAAUUCCAAGCGAGUGUGAACUUGGCAGCCCUCUGGACUAUUUCACCACCCCAAGAAGCGAGAAACACACUCCUUCCUUCACACUGCCACUAGAGCUAGCAGCCCAACCCAAGACCGGUGACCCUGAUGACCUUUCAACCUGCAGCGAUUUUGAGUCGGGCGUGGCUGACCUCAGCAGCCACUCCUCCAGUGCUGGAGACGAUGCUAAGGACCCCGAUUAGGACGAGGUGGUCAAAACAAAUGCCUGAACUAAAACAGAACUGGUGGCCAUGGGGGAUAAAAGCACAGUAACCAGUAUCAUACUGGGAACUACAUUUUUUUUUUUUUUUAUGUUAUUUUAAUUUUUUUAAAAUCUGUGUGUGAAUUUAUAUUUAAGUAUGUGCACAAUAUCCAAGAUGGUCUGGCAAUAAGACCUUUUAUAGUAAAGUUAUUUCCAUUAUAGUAAGUUAUUUCCUGAGUAGUAUUUUAAGUUUUGUUUUUUACUGUGAAUAUUUUAGUCUGAUUCUUCAAGCCCUCAAUAUGCGACUUUUUUUUUUUUUUUGUCUUUACAUUUUCCAUAACCAUGUUUGGAACAGCAUAUUACCAUACUACUCAUACUAAUAUACAGAACAUAUAUCAGAUACCUAGAAUACAUACUACAUUUGCCAAAAUAAACACUGCGUCCCACAAAGCAAUGUAUACACCGGAAGAAAUGUCUGCAUAUUUUUUAUCAGCUCAUUUUUGAAUUUUCUUAAAAUUAUUUAUUUAAGAAAUAUGACGCAGCAGUUUUAACCGUAUGCUAGAUGACCGUAGAGUAGCAUACUAUUGUUUGAAAUGUACAGCAUUUUAUAAUGCAUUCUAAUUUCACAUACUAUAUACAGCAGGCAGUACAGAGUAUGCUAGUAUUCCAUUCCAAACAUAGCCCAUAUCUUCAUGGAAAUUGUACUGUACCUAUCAAGACCAUCAGAUUCCCACCUGUGUGUUUCAUUUGUAUUCAAAGGAACUCUUAAGUAGAAAUUGUGAGAAUUUGCUGUACAUGUGUAAACAAGAAAUGUAUGUCAAGGACACUACAUUUACUUCCCAUUUCAGUAACUGUAGGCAUACUCUGACACAUAGACAAUCAAUCCCUCACACAUCCAUGUGAUUAACUUUUCAGCUAUACCAGUAGGUUUUGUCUGGAACAUAUGAAUAUAGGGCAAAUGCUCUCAAUAAAGUGUUUGCCAAACAGCAAACAAAAUUACAGCA